AUGGUGAGUCCCAGUUUUUACGGCGGGAGUAUGGCAGUCACGGUAGCAUUGAAUGGUCAUCGCUUCGGACAAGCAAACUACAGGGGAGUCGUUCUUUGCGAUGGCUGCAAAGACUACCGCCCUGCGGUGUUGGGGCUUGGAACGGACCAACGCAGCCCAGGGCCUGCAGAAUACCUGAGGGGCAAGGUGGAGGGUGGGGCAGCUUGUGACAAUGCCAACAACACUCUAGCCGAUGAUGCUGUCACGAGUCCUACUGGCACCAGUCCCAAGCUGCGGCUCAAGUUCCAUCGGUUCUGGUCAGGCAAUGUGUCGAACAACGGAAAGCCAGCACGAGCUGCCACGGUUGACGACAGUAUGAAUGAGUUCUCCGGGCAGUCUGCCAGACUGUGAGGAGCGGCAGAGACGUCGUGCGCUAGCGCACUAUGAUGUACAAAGCCUGACAGCCAAUGUCGGAUAUGCAGCACGGCUGCGUGGACUGCUGCUAGCUCGUCGGCGUAACACCACCACGGGUGCGUCGGCGGCCAGCAUGCUCGGUACACGGG